CGCUCUUUCUUCUCUCUAAAGUCCAAAACACAGUAUUGAACCCAUCUUUCUCUCUCUACAGUCCAAAACCCAAAGUAUUGAACCCACCUCUCUCUCUCUCUAAAUUCAGCUUCCUUGGAUUUGCACAGGGCACCUCUUCAUCCCCCUCGCAUGUGUCAUGCAAAUUUCUCUUAAACCCAAUUAAAAACCCUAGAAUUUGACAAUUUCACCUCAUCAAUGGCUCCCCACCUUCUCUCAUUACCAUUCCCAGAGAAUUAAAACGCCCUCCAACUCAAUGGCUCCUCCUCCUCCUCGUCAACUACCUUCUUCUCCUUCUCAUUGUAUAUCUUCUUGUACUGCUACCAUUUGCCCUCCCUCUUCUUUCCAAUAAUGUCAGAAGAGUCCCUUAGGGAAGAAGAGGGGGUGUUGCACCAUGUUCCUGUCUUUGCGAAGGAGCUGGUUGCUGGGGGCGUUGCAGGAGGAUUCGCAAAGACUGCGGUCGCACCACUCGAACGCAUCAAGAUCUUGUUUCAGACUAGAAGGGGAGAAUUUCGGAGUAUUGGGUUAUGGGGAUCCUUGCAAAGGAUUGUGAAAACAGAAGGAAUUUUGGGAUUUUACCGAGGCAACGGAGCAAGUGUUGCGAGAAUCGUUCCUUACGCUGCUCUACAUUAUACGGCAUAUGAGGAAUAUCGGAGAUGGAUCAUAGAAGGGUUUCCUGAUAUUGGAAGGGGUCCACUUCUUGACUUAACAGCAGGAUCAAUUGCUGGAGGAACCUCUGUUCUUUUCACCUAUCCUCUCGAUUUAGUUCGGACCAAAUUGGCUUAUCAGGUUGCAGGGUAUCACAACAUAGGAUCUGGAGCUUCACAUGUGGAGCAAGUAUAUAAGGGCAUCUUAGAUUGCAUUUCGAAGAUUUAUGGAGAGGCAGGAAUAAGAGGUCUCUAUCGGGGUGCAGCUCCAUCGCUUUAUGGAAUCUUCCCAUAUGCUGGUUUGAAAUUCUACUUCUAUGAGAAGAUGAAAAGUCAAGUCCCUCAGGAACAUAAGAAAGACAUCCUUGUGAACCUUGUCUGUGGAUCUGUUGCUGGUUUAUUGGGACAGACUUUAACUUACCCUCUCGAUGUUGUCAGGCGACAAAUGCAGGUACAAACACUAUCAGAUGGUGAGGGGGCAGUAAAGGGAACAAUGGAGAGCCUCGUGACCAUUGUGCAGAAGCAAGGCUGGAAGCAGCUGUUUUCAGGGUUGAGCAUUAACUAUAUGAAGGUUGUUCCAUCGGUGGCAAUUGGCUUUACUGUGUAUGAUGGCAUGAAGUCAUGGAUGAGAGUUCCACCACGAGAAGAAAAAACCCACUAAACAGUCUAAUAGAGAAGCUGAGGCUCGUCUCUCCACUCAUUAACGAGGUUUAUCCAUUUGCAAUUUUCAGAAGGUCUUAGAAGGUCAGCUCAAAAUCUGAAUAAUUUUUGUGGGUUCAGCUUUCUUUGGCAUGUACUGAUUAUUCAUUCUGUAAAUUCAUUCUUAAUUCUGCAUGUAUCUAGAUUUAUAUGGCUUCUAUUAAAAAGGAGUUUUCCUACCUUUUUUUAGUCAUUGA